AUGGCUUCGGAGUUUAUCGGCUGCAUUGUGCUUGUGACCCUCAAGAGUCCCCCAAAUUGCCGGAUCAAAGGCGAAGUCGUUGAUGUCGUGGGGACUAGGUUAAGCCUGCAAAAUGCGCUGCUUUUAUGGAAUGGCCAACAUUUCCCUUUGUAUCAUAUCGAUGGUUCCAAGAUCGCGGAUCUAGAGAUAUCUAGCGAGCCGACUCCUCAAACACCAGUGCAUCAUAGGAAUGGACACAUUGAUAGUGGUGGAUAUCAUUCCUCCUCCCAGCAUAGCCAACCACCACAUCCCACGGGCUCGGCACAGUCUAUAUCUGUGUCUCACAACACAGGCGCUCCGUCUUUCGUGGAUCCAGCGAUCUUGAGCUUUAAACGUCCCUCAAGACAGGAUGGACGUCAGGAUGCAAACAACGAGGUAGAACCAGCUACUGUUACGUCGCAUCCGAUUUCCACUUCCCCUGUCAUGUUAGGAGGCUCGGAAGUGCCGACGUCAGCGCAUGCGACCCACAUCGGACAUCACACGCGACUUCCGGCUACAUUGAAUGCGCCCUUUAGCGAUUUGGAGCUUAACAACCCAGAGCAGCCUUCCUCCAUAAGGGAAGAUAUUGUGGAACAACAGGAGCUGGAGCAUACCUCCAUACCCCAUGGCCGAGCUCAAGGAGUUAGUAGCUCAGCUGCAACCCAGCUUAAGCCCGUAGGGAAGCGGGGUAAGCGAGGCGGUAGAGGGAAGUUGGAGAGAGACGGUGGAGAAACGACUGAUAUCACUGCGACUGAGUUGCAUGUCUCCGCCACCAACCAUGGAAGGAAAGGCGUUCCCGGCAAAGGUUGGAGGCAGACAGCCUUUAUCGAACCGAUUGAUGCUUCCCCAACCCCCAAUAAGUCAAAGUUAAGGGCUAGAAGGGCUCGAGCCCAAAAGGAGAACUUGAAUGGAUGGGCAACUGAAGAGGCGACUGAUAUCCAGGAACUUGGAGACUUUGAUUUUCAAAGUAACCUGUCCAAGUUCGAUAAACGAAGAGUGUUUGACGAGAUAAGGAAUGACGAUAUGACCCCCCUGGAAGACCGCCUAGCAAGUUUCAACCGACGACCUAAACCUGGGACCAAUGGAGGAAAGAACCUUCACUACACAGAAAAUGUGUUGGACUCAACAUCACAGCCGCAAACCUCCCAAUGGAAUAGCGAAGCUGGAGAAACGGAUGAUGAUUACACUGUCAAUGGCCGGACAUCGAGCCGCAACCGUUCUAGCCGUUCUAUUCCAUCGCGGAAGGGUAGUGGCGUGAUAGCCUCCACCCCGUCUUCCGCUCAAUUUACCAUCCUUGGUCGCUCGCAUCUAUCGUCUACACGUACUACCAGCCCGCAGCCCAUCAAAGUAGUUAAACACUCCGCAUCAUCUAUGACAGGGUCGUCAAGUCCAACGGGUGGUGCUCUCCAUAUGAUAACGACUGGCAGGAAGUGCCCUAGCAUCAGUCCUCUUCAAAUGGUGGAGAUAGAGCAACUAGCUAUAGCAGAGCUUGGUCUUACCGAAGAUAUUGUUACCGAGAAUGCGGGUAGAGGCAUUGCUGAAGGAGCAAUAUCCCUUGCAACCGGCCUGCGUGUGCCUUCAAUAAUCGUUGUUUUUGUAGGAAACCAUCGAACCGGUGCACGCACCGUCGCUUCUGCGCGACACCUACGCAACCGUGGUUAUCGUGUCUCCCUGUGCGUCCUGGGCAAUGGCCAUGACGGUGAAUUUACCGACGGCUUCCAGAAGCAAGUUGACAUAUUCCAAAAGGCAGGAGGCCAUGUCAUGCGAUGGGAGGAUCUUUCCGCCCGGUUUUCGAUGGGCGAUUUUAAGCCUAAACUUAUCAUUGACGCACUCUUUGGUAUGCAUGUUGCAUUCGAAGAUUUGCGUACUGAUGAUCAAGCAACCGCAUUUGAGAUUAUUUCCUGGGUGAACCGAAGCAAGGUUGACGUUCUAUCCGUUGACGUUCCUUCUGGCUUGUCGGCAACUACGGGAGAAACAACAGUCACCCAGGGAUCCCAACUCGCAGUAUCUUCGCAAUUUGUCAUCUGUCUUGGUGCACCAAAAACGGGCUUAGUGACAGCUUUGUCUUCACGAGGAGGCGAGUCCUGGCAAAUUGCAGUUGCAGAUGUUGGCAUCAGUCCUGUUGCAUGGAGAAAAUACGGAACCCGUCGUCGUCACGGAGUCGAAUUUGGUAGCGCCUGGGUUGUGCCUCUGAGAUUCCAGCUUCCUACCCCCUGA